AUGGGGGUGUGCUGCUCCUGCUGUCGCCGGAAGACGAUCGAGGAAGACGACGACGAGGACGACCUCGCGGCGACGACGGCGACCGCGGCGAAAGACGCCGACGCGAAGGACGUCAAGGUUGACAUCGACGCGGCGGUGUCGUCCCUGGACGCGGGCACCGUGGAGAUCGUGGUGGCGCGGCUUCGCACGGUGGACGCGCGCGCCAAGGCUUUCGAGGAGCGCGACCUCCCGCUGGUCCUGACGCUCUACUACCGGAGGAUGUCGCCUCACGCGGUGGAGGGCGGGCGCGGUGCCGACGGCACGUGGGUCAUCGUCGACAAGAAGGAGUGCCUACCGAACCGUCACGAGAAGGGCGCGAUGGUCGUCAACUUCCGCGAACGCGCGCUUCGCGAGCUCAGCAGGCACAAGGCACCGGUGUUCAAGCUCCCCGCCGCGUUCGAUCUGAACUGCCCGAUGCAGCUGGUGUGCAGAGACCCGGGCGGCGCGCUCGACUCGGACGAAGAUUCCGACGACGACGCGAACGGAUCGAGCUUCUCGGGCGGUACCCCCUCGAGGCCCACCACGCCCGCGGGAACCUCCGCGACCCGCGGGUCCACGCCGUUCAAGGACGGCGUGAACAGGCCGGUGGCGCGCAGGGAACGCGGCGGGAGGAGCGCGCCGAGGACCGUCGGUGAGCUCAAGUUCACGAUUCUCGACCUCGUGCGAAAAAAUAACCGCGAGUGGAAGACGGAGCUGACGACUACGGAUCGCGCCGGUCGCUUCGGGGACGUCGGAAUCAAGACCGCGGACGUCACGCUGCGGCUGACGCCGAAGGAAAUGACCAGGGGGUGGACCAAGCAGACCAAACCCCGCACGCCCAAGGAGCUCCUGUCGUUCGAGACGCUUCUGGAACAGCUCAAGGCGGAUGCGAAGAAGAAAUUGGAGGAGCGAGGUUUGGCAGGGACGAACACGAGCUGGGAUAAGGAGAAGCAGGAGAAGGAGGCCGCCUUGGCGCGCGGCGAGGACGGUCGAACGCAGCGGGGCUUGGCGGGAGCCAAGCGGACGAGGUACAACGGCGCGCAGAGGCACGGGACGCUCACGCGGCGCGAGAAUCAAUACGCGGCGCACUAA